CCGACAGACAAACAUCCAGACAAGAUGAUGAUGAUGAUGAAGAACCCCGUCGUGCUGGUGGCCUGCACCUUGCUUUUCUCAUCCCUCGCUGUUCUGGCAUCUCUGAACAGCUUCGGUCCGGAUAAGUGCUGCUUUGACUUCGUCUCUAAGCCCCUCCCUAAGAAGAAGGUGGUGAACUACAAAUACACAGAUAAACUGUGUCCAAUGGAAGGUGUCCUCUUCACGAUGUCAAGUGAAAAGGAACUCUGUGUCAACCCGUCUGUGGUGUGGGUCAAGAACAUCAUCGAGGCCAAAGAAAAAGCUGAAAAAGCUAGAAAAGCAGACAGCUCUUUGUCCAAGGAGUCCGCCUGACCCAGCGUGUUUUAUAACACUGCACUUUGAAGCGGCGGUGUUGUGGAAACCUGUGGUUUAUCGUCAUAGCUGCCUCUAUUUUUAUAUAGAUUAUUUUUCUAUUAUCUUAAAAAUAAAUUCUUCUGACUUCUUUUUUAUUAUUUGUUCUUUCGUCUGUUUUGACGUGUUUUCAAGGGAUGUAUUGAAAGAUUAUCUAAGAUCUUUUCUAAUGAAUCAUGUACUAAAAUUAUUC